CCCACCUUUUGGUCAUGGCUCGGAGGCCAGCUUCAAGAUGAGCUUGCCAGCGCGGCUGAUGGGCCACUCGACGACGAAAAGCAAUGCUACUGGUGUUGAGCACUCACCUUGCUUCCUGACCAUCCAUCUCCCUCCGUCCACGGACGAUGACGUCCUUGAGCAGCGGCCGUCGUUGCAUCGGAAGAAUUGGGCUCUUUGGCUCACGACCCUUGAUCUUGGGCUCGCACCACUUUGCUGCUUCUUCUCCUUCUCACUACCACAAGUCAAGUCCGAAGCAGCUCUAUAGACACGCAAGAAUGGUCUACACGCUCAUCUGCCACGCUGAGGUAAAGCCCGGCUGCGAACAGAAGAUGGUCGAUAAGCUGCGAGAGGCUGCCGCCAUCUACAAGAAGGACCGCGAGACCAUCGACUGGCUCGUUCACCAGGACGAGAAGGAGCCCACCAAGUUUGCCAUCGUGGAGCGCUUCGAGCAUGAGAGCUCGCAGAAAUACCACCUCGAGAAUCCUUACUGGGCCACCUUCAACCCGGCCGUUGAGCCCUGGCUCGCCAAGCCCAUCCAGAUCCUGCGCUUCAACGAGCUCUAGACGCGGGCGAACUGCUUCUACUUUUCUUGAUCAAUGGAAAGUCUUGUCGCAUC